AUGAAGCCAACUUUUCCAGAAACUCCAUCCAAAACUUCCACAACAAUCACAUUUGGGCUUAAGAAAACCCACAUGCAAUCUUGGAAUCCCGCCAUAGUUUUGUGGGUUGGAAUAUGCGGUGAUUAUUUAACUGGACCAUAUUUUCUUCAUAAGAGAUUAAAUGGACAUAAUUACCGGCAUAUUCUCGAAGAAGGAUUGCCAGGUUUGAUGGAGGUUGUUCCCAUUUCAGUAAGAAAUCGACUAUGGUUUAUGCACGACGGAGCACCAGCGUACUUCAGUGCCCUGGCGCACGAAUAUUUAAACCAAAAUUACAAUAAUCGCUGGAAAGGUCACGGCGGACCACAGUCAUGGCCACCUAGGUCCCCGGACCUGAAUGCUUUAGAUUACUUCCCAUGGGGUCAUCUCAAAAGCACACCAAUUCAUACUGAAGAGCAGUUGAGAAAUCGCAUCAUAGUUUGUUGCGAAACUAUUAGAACCACUCCCACUUUCCAAAGAGUUGUAGGUCUAGCACGAAGGAAGGUUCGACUAGAUACGCUAGCUCUGAAACUCUCUGGCAAGAAAGGCAAGCUUUACCCACUGAAAGCGGAUAUAAGUAAAGAGGAAGAUAUUAUAAACGCCUUCAAAUGGAUCAAGGAAAAUGUGGGUCCAGUUCACGUACUCAUCAACAACGCUGGUGUCUUCGGAGACACAGAUCUCGGCGAUGGAGACAUAGACAUUUGGAGGAACGUCCUCAACGUCAACGUCCUUGGUCUGUCCAUAGCCACAAGGGAGGCCAUAAGAGAUAUGAGAGCAAACAACGUGGAUGGUCACAUAAUACACAUCAAUAGUGUUACGGGACACCAAGUACCUAAUAUGCCGAAGGCGAAUAUGUACCCUGCUAGCAAAUUUGCUGUUAGAGCCUUGGCAGAAACAUUGAGGCUUGAACUCCUUAACUUGAAAUUAAAAAUUAAAGUUACUAACAUCAGCCCAGGCCUGACAGAUACCGAAAUUGUACCCGAUUUUAUAAAGGCUAAAAUUCAAGAAACUGGAGGGGAGCAAAUGAUUGAGCCCGAAAAUAUCGCAGAUGGAGUUGUCUAUGCAUUGUCGACACCUCCACAUGUACAAAUUCAGGAGCUUACAAUAAGAUGUGUGAACGAAUAUUUUUUGAAAUAGAUACCUAUUAAUAAUGUAAUUAUGUAAAAGACAAUUUCCUUGUAAUUAUGAACUAAAUAAAUGUAUUCUACAUAACAA